GCAUAGCUGCCCGUCUGUCCGCACCGGCUGGCCGCGUCGUCCCGAGUCUGAGAGGAGAUGGGGGGCCUGGCGGGGUUCCAGUGGGUGCUGCUGCCCCUCCUGGGUGUCUACCUGGUGGCAUCAGUCGGGUCGGAGGAGGUGCUGUCGCAGGUGGCCUUCGUGCAGCGGGGCCUGAGCGCGGAGAAGGGGCCCGACGGCGGCGGCGAUGAGUUCAUGUUCGACUUCCAGGGCGACGAGAUCUUCCACGUGGACCUGGGCCACAAGGAGACCGUCUGGCGGCUGCCCCAGUUCCAGACCUUCACCAGCUUCCAGGCCGAGGGCGCCCAGGGCAACAUCGCCGUCCUGCGCUCCAACCUGCAGACCCUCAUGAAGCGCUCCAACUUCACCCCCGCCGAGAACGUCCCCCCGCAGGUGACGGUGUACCCGAAGGACCCGGUGGCCCUGGGGGAGCCCAACCUGCUCGUCUGCCUGGCCGACGGCUUCUCGCCCCCGGUGAUCAACAUGACCUGGCUGAAGAACGGGGAGGUGGUGAAGCCGGGGGAGGAGACGGACUUCUACCCCAAGGCAGACAACUCCUUCCGCAGGUUCUCCUACCUGGCCUUCGUCCCUGACCCCGAGGACAUCUACUACUGCCGAGUGGAGCACUGGGGCCUGGCCCAGCCCCUCACCAAGGAGUGGAACACCAACGUGCCCGAGCCCCUCCCAGAGACGGCAGAGAACGUGGUGUGCGGCCUGGGCCUGGCUGUGGGCAUCGUGGGCAUCAUCGUGGGCACCGUCCUCAUCUUCAAGAGCCGGCAGAGGAACGAGGGCAACUACCGCCAGAGACCCCUGUGAGUCCCCCCCCCCCAAGAAAACCAGAGAUUUUAGAGAGGAAGGCCGCAAGGUAACGGAGGGAAAAUGUGCCCCUCCCUUCCUGUGAAGACUACACCUGCCUCUUUCCUGACCCACCUCCUUCGCUGCUCCUUUUCAAGCAAAGCCUGCUCACCUGAGUCAGCUCAGAGAAUUGGAGGGGGGAGGGGGAGAGAUGUCCACCAAUAUGUUGCCCCCACUGAAAAGGCCCUGCAGGGGCCAAGCCAGGUGGCCACCCAGGAAGGGGCUUAGGGGCUUCUUCCUCAGCCACGCCCCCAAGGACAGACCCCAAAGGACCCACGGCAACGAUCAACUCCAACCUCUUUCCUCGCCAUUAACUGCCCGAGCAGAUUCCAUCCCUGAUGCUCUUCCGGCCUCUCUUCCCAAGAGAGGGGAUCCACCCCCAACCUUGAAACCCUCCCUUUCAGGGGUGCGGGGGAGGGGGGUAUGUGGGGAGGGGAGUCUCUCAGCCUCUCCCUGCUUGUUUUGCUUGGGUAAGUGGGGGGGGGGGGAUCUCUUACCCAUUUUCUGGGUCCAGAGAAUCUCUGGGAGGAACCAUUGUGGCUCUGAAGUGCAGCAUCUUGGCCAUUUAACGCACACCCCACGCCAGGACUUUGGUGAGAGUCUGCUGUGAUUCUGGCAUUCUACUAUUACAACAUCUCAGAUCUUCCUGAGAGGAAGGAGAGCUGACGAAUGGGCCUCCUGUGGAUCAGCCCCACUCUCAUGCCUUCAGUGGCAGAGUUAGUCAGCUGGGGGGCUUCUUGGGAGAGAGGAAAAUUAUCCCAACCCCCAUCCCAUAAUAAUCCUGGGUAUGGGGUCGUGGGAAGGAACAUUCUGCAGCAUGAAGCAAAGGCUUCCUCUAGAGAAAAUCUCACCCCCUCCACUCUCACUCAGGCCAGGCCCUUGCAUGAUCAAGGCGGCGGGGGGGGGGGGGGGGGAUGCUGAUUUUUGCUUGGGGAAUUAUUUUGCUGAAGGGGGGGUUCUAAGCAGCACCCUCCGCGCUCCCCCCAUGUUUCUAUCUUGCUUUUCUGAAUGAAAUAAACCGAGGGGUGUUUUCCCUGAAUUCGUA